GGGGCUCUGAGCUUGGACCCAGGUUCUCCCAGACAGUCCCGACUGCUGUGUGGUGGGCAGCAUGUCAGCUUGUGGGGAGAGGCGUGGGGACACGGAGGGAGAGGGCACUGCUUCCGCCGGCCCCUUCAGCUUCAGUUCUGAGCCCACGCUGGAGGACAUCCGCCGCCUCCAUGCUGAGUUUGCUGCUGAACGAGACUGGGACCAGUUCCAUCAGCCUCGGAACCUCCUCCUGGCCUUGGUGGGGGAAGUAGGGGAGCUGGCGGAGCUUUUUCAGUGGAAGCCCGAUGAGGAGCCUGGCCCCCAAGCCUGGUCCCCCAGGGAACGAGCAGCCCUUCAAGAGGAGCUUAGUGAUGUCCUCAUCUACCUGGUAGCAUUAGCAGCCCGCUGCCAUGUAGACCUGCCCCAAGCAGUGCUCUCCAAGAUGGACACCAACCGGCGACGCUACCCAGCACAUCUGUCCCGCGGCUCCGCCCGCAAGUAUACAGACUUGCCCCACGAGGCCACCUCUGAAGACCAGGCUGUGAGGCCUGCAGACCUUGCCUGUGAGUCCGCAGGUCAGGCCCCAACCUAGAGACGUAGGCACAGAACCUCUGACUCAGCACGGCAUCUGAGGAGCAGAGGGUGCCCUGGCCAUGGAACUUCAUUCUAGACCUUUCCUAGCAGACCAUGGGCUUGGGGGCUACACUUCUUGAGGUCUGAGGCCCAAGAACUUCCAGAAGAUAACCUCCUGAUUAUUUUCUUUCUCAGUACAAGUUUUGGUUAGCAACUUCUGGAUUCUUCCUGGAGCAGCCGGGGAGUCUCUGUCUCAGCACAGGCUGUGGAGGGACAGCAGGGAGGCCUCUGAGGGAGGCCAGCUCCCACGAUUCUCUGUUGUAACUCCCUCCUGCAGAGCAGAGAGACCUGAUUUCCAGUAAGGUCCCUGUCUGAUCUCAUGCAAGUCUCUUCCCUUUCUCUAAACAAGAUUGGAGACCAUAUGUAGUGCUGGUUAAGAGCCCAGAUUCUGGAGCCAUCUUUGAUAGUGGUUCAUGUUCAUUAUAUUACUUCAUCUUUC